CAUACAGAUCACUAGGUGUCAGUGUAAACUUAGAAACGGGCCUUUGACGUCAAACAGUUACUCAAUUUGUCCACCCUCUUUCAGUCAUGUUUUCUCAUGUCCACCACUGGUGCUUUUGGACUACAUUCAGCACUGCGUUUUUGUUGGUCUGGCAUAUUUUCCUUUCCUAUAAAUAACAGGAUUAUUCAAGUAUUCUUCGUAGAGUGGCAGCGAAGUUGCAUUGGAAGGUUUUUGUGAUUGUAUAUGAAAAUGGAACAAAGAGGACGAUUACGUCGACGGCAGUUGAAUGCGAAGCUCGCUUUCAUCGCUGUAUUGCUUUUGUUCUGCAGAUCAGUUUUUGGACAGGUACGAUAUUCAGUUUCUGAGGAGCAGAAGGACGGAGCAGCUGUAGGAAAUAUUGCGAAGGAUUUGGGCAUAGAUCACAGAACGUUAAAGGAUCGAGGGUUUCGCAUUGUCUCGACCUCAGGCGAGCCAUUGUUCAUUGUGAAUCAGAAUGACGGUGUGUUGUAUGUGAAUGGUAAAAUAGAUAGAGAAGCGGUGUGCGAAAAAAUCAAUCCGUGUCUAAUCAAUCUGAAAAUAGCAUUAGAAAACCCACUUGAAAUUCAUUACGUCACUGUAGAGAUAUUGGACGUGAACGAUCACAGUCCGCGGUUUCCUGAGAAUGAAAAGCGGCUGGAAAUUUGGGAAUCUGCUAUGCCAGGAGCGCGCUAUCCGCUACAGGCAGCGCGCGACCUCGACACUGGAAUCAAUUCAGUUCAGACUUACAAACUAAGCCACAAUGACAAUUUCCGUCUCGAAAUUAAAGACAGAGAAGAUGGUAAAAUUCCAAUUCUGAUUUUACACAAGCCGCUUGACAGGGAAGUGACUAAAACCAUGAAAUUAGAAUUAAUUGCUUUAGAUGGAGGGAAACCUCCUAAAUCUGGCUCAAUUGAAAUAUUGAUCGAUGUUCUGGAUAUAAAUGACAAUGUGCCUGUUUUUACAAAAGAAACUUACACGGUUACUUUAAAUGAAAACGCACCCGUGGGUACAACAAUUUUGCAGGUUAAUGCCACGGAUUCGGAUGAGGGUCAAAACGGAGAGAUAGUUUAUGCUUUUGGAAGUAACGUCAAUUAUAAUUUACGCAAACUUUUUGAAGUUAAUUCAGUUACUGGAGAAAUUAUUGUAAAAAGUCUUUUGGAUUUUGAGGUUAAAGAUAAAUAUGAGAUUGACAUCGAAGCAUCCGACAAAGGCAUUGUUCCUCUUACGACAGAUAAAAGUAUUUUCAUAAAUAUUGCUGAUGUUAAUGACAAUGCUCCAGAAAUAGAGGUGACAUCGUUUUCAAGCGCAAUUCCAGAGGACUCUAAACCUGGAACAACGGUGGCUUUAAUAAGCGUUUCAGAUUUAGACUCUGGUCUCAAUGGCAAAGUCUCCUGUUCACUGUCUGAUGGCAUACCUUUCAAGCUUCUGUCGUCAUUACAGGAUAAUAUUUACUCAUUAGUUACAUCUAGUAUGCUUGACAGGGAAGCAAAAUAUCAAUAUGACAUCACAGUAUUUGCCAGAGACGCGGGUCAACCAUCACUUUCGUCUAUUAAAACUAUAACGGUAAUGAUAUCAGAUGUAAAUGACAAUAGCCCAGCUUUUCUAUUUUCCCCUUACGCGUUUUAUGUGAUGGAAAAUAAUGUACCAGGCAAAUCUUUAUUUUUUGUGUCUGCUUCUGAUAAAGAUUCGAACGAAAAUGCUGCGAUCAGUUACCAGAUAUGGAGAGACGGUGGCGAGGAAAACAAAUACACAUCAUUUAUUAAUAUUAACUCGGAAAAUGGAGACAUUUAUGCGCUGAAAAGUUUUGACUUUGAAACUGUAAAAACAUUCCAGUUCCACGUGCUCGCUACAGACUCUGGAUCUCCGUCUCUGAGCAGUAAUGUGACAGUGAACGUGUUUAUUCUGGAUCAAAACGACAAUGUUCCAGUGAUCUUAUAUCCAGUGAGCGCUAACGGUUCUGCUGAAGGUGUGGAGGAGAUUCCCCGCAAUGUGAACGCAGGUCAUUUGGUGACUAAAGUCAGAGCCUAUGACGCAGAUAUAGGAUACAACGGCUGGUUGUUAUUUUCACUGCAGGAAGUUAGUGAUCACAGUCUGUUUGGUUUGGACCGCUAUACAGGACAGAUAAGAACCCUUCGCUCAUUCACAGAAACAGACGAGGCCCAGCAUAAACUGGUCAUACUGGUGAAAGACAAUGGCAACGUUUCUCUCUCAGCAACAGCGACUGUGAUUGUGAAAGUUGUGGAGCCCAAAGAGGCUUUUGCAGCUUCUGAUGUUACAAACGCAGUGAAAGAUGAGGAGGAAAACAACGUGACGUUUUAUUUGAUCAUCACAUUGGGCUCUGUGUCAGUGCUUUUUAUCAUCAGUAUCAUCGUGUUGAUUGCAAUGCAGUGCUCUAAAUCUUCAGACUAUUCGUCCAAGUAUUUACAAGAUACAAAUUACGACGGGACUCUGUGUCACAGCAUUCAGUACAGAUCUGGAGACAAACGGUACAUGCUAGUUGGACCCAGAAUGAGUGUCGGUUCUACUCUAGCACCUGGCAGUAAUAGGAAUACUCUAGUGAUACCAGAUCGCAGGAGGAGAGAUUCUGGAGAGGUAAGGAAAGGCCUGACUAUAAGCUUUAUUGGAAAAUGUUAAUUGAUUUUUUUGCUAUUUUUUCUUUUGUAUUUAAAAUCAGUUGUAAUUUAUGCCAAAUUCAAUGUCUGAAUUUAUUUAGCUAGAUGUGUUUUUCUGUCUUGUAUGCGAGCUUUGUAAGCCGUUCUUGCAUCUUUGUUUUUGUCGCUCCCGCCGGCCUUUAGUAAUGUGAUUGAAUUGCUGAUAAAAUUGCAUUGUAAUUAUUAUGACAAAUUUGAUUACAUUUUGCAACAAAAUUUUAAUUCUCUACCUUGCACUCUGGGAUUUGGUGUAAUAAAUGCAUAAAUCUAUGUGAGGUGCCUCGUCUGUUAACUGGUCUGAUUACCUAACAUCAUGCAUGUACAGUUUCAUAACUCAACUUCAUACACAUUUAAUUGGUUAUGUAUUUAGAGUGUCAUAAAGUUCAGUUAUGAAACUGUACAUGCACACUUCAUAAAAAUUGUGAUUUAAUGAAUACUGUUUAAUAAAUAAUAAAUAAUUUCCCGACAAACAAUUAUAGGUCUGUGGUUGAAAAAAAAAUAGUUUUUUUCUUGUUUGCAUUUUAUGUAGGAAAGUAUAUGCACAUUAGGCUUUUUAUUUUCCUUUUUGAUAUUUCGCAAACUAUGUUGUCCAGGCGCUGUCCUUAGACCUGAAUUCAUUAUGCGGAUUUCUCUCCUGCGCAUCAUUCUCGGUUUUUGAAUAUAGGCUAUUAUGUCUUUCAG